AUGCAUAACAUGAAAAGCUCACAGAUUGCUCCAGGAGGCAGAUUAAUGAUUGAAGGUGAAGGUAUUCAGAGACCAUUAGAUGUGAAGUUGUACAAAAGAGAUCUAGAAGCAGCCAUUACGCUAUCCUUUCUCAAAAAUGAAGAUAAAAAAAGGACAAAUCUCCAACCAGUAAAGGAGAUCUCAAGGUUCAAAGUUCCUGUAGUUGAAAACACAGAUCCAAGUUCUUUGCACAUGUCCAACUGCAGCCUGGAUGAAAUCACAUCAGAAAAAGAGUCACCUGCCCUUUCCAGACAGAGAAAGGCUACUACUAAAGGUGCUGAGGAUAAAACGCUUAUGGAUGAAGAUGAAGACUAUGAGCCCAAACUGACACCAGAUUCAGAAAGUGAUGAGGAUUUCAGUGAACCAGCUGAGAGCGAAGAUGAGGAAUUCACAGUGAAGAAAGUCAGCAAAACCAAAAAGAAGGAUAGAGUUACCGAGAACGAGAAGACCAAAACGCCUCGUGCCUCUAUAAAGCAACCGUCAAAACAACGUCUAGCUAAAUCACAGGCAGCGGCUCAAGUUGGUGGAAGUCCAACAGAGAAGUCUCCAGGUCAGGGUCUGCGGAUUGGACUGCCCCGUCUUGUUCGAGUCAAACUUCUUCAUCUUAGCGUUGCAAGUCACUGA